AUGGAUUUGUUUCAACAACUGACCUCCGUUGACUGGCAACACGAAUCUUACCCCGCCUUUCCCGAUUUCUUUCUUCUUCCUUUCUUCGCCAUCUUCUUCCCUUCCCUUCGUUUCCUUCUCGACACCUUCAUUUUCCAGAAAUUGGCAAGACGAUUCAUUUUUGGAAAGGGACAUGAGGUACUUGAUAUUCAUACCGAUGAUAGUCGAAAGAAGAUUGGGAAAUUUAUGGAAUCAGCGUGGAAAUGCGUUUAUUUUCUAUCGGCAGAAAUCUUUGCGCUGGCAGUAACAUAUAAUGAGCCUUGGUUUACUGAUACAAGUUAUUUUUGGGUUGGGCCAGGGAAUCAGAGAUGGCCAGAUCAAAAGAUUAAAUUGAAAUUGAAGGGAUUGUAUAUGUAUGGUGCUGGAUUUUAUUCAUACUCCAUACUUGCUUUAAUAUUCUGGGAAACAAGACGCUCUGACUUUGGAAUUUCCAUGACACACCAUGUUGCUUCUCUCAGUCUUAUUGUGUUAUCCUACACUUUUAGGUUUGUUCGGGUUGGAUCAGUUGUUUUAGCCCUUCAUGAUGCUACUGAUGUGUUUCUGGAGAUUGGGAAAAUGUCCAAAUACAGCGGCGCUGAAACAAUGGCUAGCUUUGCUUUUGUUCUUUUUGUUCUGUCUUUCACCAUACUACGUGUUAUUUACUUCCCAUUCUGGGUUCUUCGAAGUACAAGCUCUGAAAUGGUUCCCACCUUGAAGUUGGGAAAGCAUUGGGUGGAUGGUUCAAUACAUUAUUAUGUAUUCAACACUCUUCUAUACUGCUUACUUAUUCUUAAUAUUUAUUGGUGGGUAUUGAUUCUUCGAAUGCUUGUUCGUCAAAUCCGAGCUAAAGGGAAAGUUAGUGAAGAUAUUCGAUCUGAUUCUGAAGACGAACAUGAACAUGAAGAAUGA